AACUGAAGCACCUUCGUCGUUUAGCAAAUGGAACAGUAAUGGUUACUGUAUAUUAUGGCCUGUUAUUGAUGACUGAUGAAGAACAAAAAAGAGGGGAGGAGCCGUGGAUUGAAUGGACAUGACCUGUUUCUAAGUUUCCUACAACUAUAAAGACAUGAUAGCUUAGUUCAAAUUCACAAUUUACAACAUUAAUCAAGUGUUUUUGUUUCUGUUUUAAUGGAGAGAACCAAAUAUGGCAAGAGAUUUCAAGGUAAGGUAGCCAUUGUGACAGCUUCCACCCUUGGAAUUGGCUUUAGCAUAGCCGAGAGGCUUGGUUUGGAGGGUGCAUCUGUUGUCAUCUCUUCUCGCAAACAGAAAAAUGUUGAUGAGGCUGCUGGUAAACUGAGAGCUAAAGGAAUCGAAGUAUUGGCGGUUGUUUGCCACGUUUCAAAUGCGCAACAAAGGAAGAAUUUGAUAGACAAAACUUUACAGAAGUAUGGAAAGAUAGAUGUUGUUGUAUCCAAUGCUGCCGUUCAUCCUUCUGUAGAUCCCAUUUUGCAAACACAAGAAUCGAUCCUUGACAAGCUGUGGGAGAUAAAUGUCAAAUCCACUAUACUUCUUCUCAAGGAUGCAGCUCCUCACUUGAAGAAGGGUUCUUCUGUUGUUCUCAUUGCCUCACUUGUUGCUUAUAAUCCACCACCUACCAUGGCUAUGUAUGGAGUGACCAAAACCGCAGUUCUUGGACUUACCAAAGCUCUGGCUAGUGAAAUGGGCCCUAAUACUCGGGUGAAUUGUGUUGUUCCUGGGAUUGUGCCAACUCACUUUGUUGCACUUUAUACGUCAAAUGAUGCUACAAGGGAGGAACUUGAAAGAAAGGCAUUGCUUGGAAGGCUUGGUACAACUGAAGACAUGGCUGCUGUGACAGCAUUUUUGGCCUCUGAUGAUGCUUCUUACAUAACAGGAGAAAAUCUAGUGGUUUCUGGGGGAAUGCCUUCCAGGUUGUAGCUUCCUGUUUCUUCUUCUGCUGGUGGUGGAAUGGUGGACCUACCCCAAAAUGUAUUGUUUCUCCAUUGAAUAUAUUGCACCCAUUGAAAAAAAUAAAUAUGCAGCAUCUAGGGUGGACUUUUUUCUUAUCAACUAAUUGUAUUUGAGUUUCACUUUAUUGAAAGGAAAAUGAUAAUCAGUACUAAUCUAUACACGAAUCCACACAAGUUUUAAGUGGCGUGAAUUUAUUGGAGACCGUUUUCAUUCUCUUUCCUAA